CAGCUGCCCCCACCCGUCCACCACCGCCAGCCGUUCCGCAACUUGUCCAAUCUCGUCUUGCCCGGCAUGAAGAAGAAGCUCUCGUCGUCCACCAAGACGUUUACACGUAGUGUCAGUCUGGUGGCCAAAUCAGGACACCAAUUCUUCACAGGAUCGGACGCCCCCAACGGCUCACCCAAUGGAUCUCCCAAUGGCUCUCCCAAUUCUCCCCAGUCGCCUUCCGCCUCAUUGGCCUCGAAGCGUCCCAUCCGUCGUAUCCACUCCAUGUACCAAACCCCCAAAGAAAAAGAGUCCCACCGCAUGCAAGACAACUCACACCUCAAAAACACCUCCAUCUCCACGUUUGUGGCCGACAACGACCUCAUUCCCCGCAUCGACGAGAACACCAUGUACAAAAUUGCCUGUGGACACCACGACGCAGACUUCGACCGUUUCGUGGUGAUCGACUGUCGUUUCGACUACGAGUACAACGGAGGCCAUAUCGACGGCGCCAUCAACGUGUCCACCAAGGACGCGUUGGAAGAACAGUUUCUUGGACCAGAAAGUGACUUUGGUGCAUCGCCCCCACGCCAGUUGCUCAUCUUCCACUGCGAGUUCAGCGUGUUCCGUGGCCCCACCAUGGCCUCGCACUUGCGUAAGUGCGACCGUCGCUUGAACAGCGAUCACUACCCCCACUUGUCGUUUCCUGACAUCGUGGUGUUGGAGGGCGGAUACCGCGCGUUCCAUGCCAAAUACAGACAUGCAUGUCUGCCGCAGGGGUACAUUGAAAUGAAGGAUGUCAAUUACGAGAAGCACUGCGAGCUUAACAUGCACCGUGCACGUCAAGAUGCAAAAUUGACACGCGCCAAGUCGUUCCACCAGUUUGCAGCCUCUGAUUCGGCCCUUGUACCUCGCCACGCCCGCUCCCACUCGUUCACCACCAUCACCAGCGAGAAGAUCUUGAAGCGCCAGAAGUCCAUCUCCAAGGUCAAGGCUGCCAGCUCGUCCCUGCGCUUAGAUGUGCGGUUGGCGCGUGCCUCUACGUUUUCCAACGAUCUUUCUGGCUUCUCUUCCUCCAUUUCUUCGCCUGUGUUCUCCCAGUUCAACCACAGCUCCAUCAGCAGCUUUGGGGGUCUCGAUUCCGACCUCCAGCCCCCUUCUGCGCUGUUCAAGGCUGGCCAUCGCAAGGCAUACUCCACAGCCAACUUCUCGUCCUCGUCAGCAUCUCUCAACUCGUCUUCUUCCUCCCUCUGCUCCGAGUCCACCUGCUCGUCCACCGAGGCUCUUCCUGCGCCCUCGUCGUCGCCAAUGGGUGAGUUUACUGACUACUUCGAGUCCAAGACCACCAGCCUCACUCGCUACAUGCGCUCGACCCCCAACCUCAACGUCAACACCGCCAGCGUCUUUCCUACGACUGCGAGCGUGUUGAAGCCUGUCUCCAGAAAGCCCAGUGGACCAUUGCCAGCAUUACCAGCAAGGCCUCCUCCACAGUUGGGCAAUGGCCAGCCCAACGCAUUCAAAUUCCCUAACAAUUUGACCAAUUUGAAGCCCAAAUCGUCUCGACACAGUCUCAACCGUUUGAGCACAUCCACCACCACGAAGUCUUCUGCGUCUACGCCGCUUUUGAACUCGUCUCCUAUCAUCAGCUCGCCACUCUCCACAGCUACGCCAGUCUCUACCAUCGACUCUACACUCUCCAACCACGCCUCGUCGAUCAUAGACCCCAUCAAUGACACUCCCGUGGACUUCACAGUGCCAUUCGGUACCAAAUCCACCCGCUACGUCAACCACUCGCGCAAAAUAUCGGGGUCACUCUUAUCAUCUGCUGGCGGAGGACUAUACAAUUUCAUUUCUCUCGACAUUGACGAGGCAGGCGAGCAAGAGGACGAG